CCUCCCUCUGCUGGCUAACAUGCUAGGCUAGCUCGGUUAGCUUGUGUGAUUAGUUGAGACGCACCGGCUCCAUCAACGUCCCGGUGCUGUUUGUUAGGACUGAACCUCCUCUCCGUUAACCACGGCAAUCACGGCACCGACAGACCGAAGGGACACAGAAUAUAUUUAGCCAAUAAUACGUGAAGAUGAUUAAACUCUUUUCCCUGAAGCAGCAGAAGAAAGACGAGGAAUCUGCGGGAGGAAACAGAACAGGAGCCGGGGGUAAAAAAGCCAGCGCGGCCCAGCUCCGAAUACAGAAAGACAUUAAUGAGUUGAACCUGCCAAAGACGUGUGAGAUCAACUUCCCCGACGACGAUGACCUCCUCAACUUCAGACUCAUCAUCUCACCAGACGAGGGAUUUUACAAAGGAGGGAAAUUUGUCUUCAGCUUUAAGGUAGGACAGGGUUACCCCCAUGACCCCCCCAAGGUAAAGUGUGAGACAAUGGUGUACCACCCCAACAUCGACCUGGAAGGAAACGUCUGCCUAAAUAUCUUAAGAGAGGACUGGAAGCCUGUGUUGACGAUAAACUCCAUCAUCUACGGUCUACAGUAUCUAUUUCUAGAGCCCAACCCAGAGGACCCGUUGAACAAGGAGGCGGCUGAAGUUCUGCAGACGAACCGGCGGCUCUUUGAGCAGAACGUGCACCGCUCGCUGCGGGGCGGCUACGUGGGCGCCACCUACUUCGAGAGGUGUCUGAAAUAACCCGGCGUCUCCGUCCUGUCAUCCUCCAAAUCCCUCCCCCGUCUCCUCCCCCCUCUCACGCUCCCCCCCUCCCCCCCUCCCUUUUACUCCUCGUUGCUCGCUGGCAGAACAGGAGCUGCGGCGACAGAAAGCAGCACGCCACAAGACGCUUUUCUGUUUUAAAACAAAAGAAGAAACUCCCUCCCUCUCCCCCCCCCUCCCCCUCUCUCUCCCCCCCUCCCUUAUUUCUCUGUUUUACUUCCAAGACGCAACAUUCAACCGUUUACACGCCACAGGGGGACGCCGACACAACACACACCAGAACUGGACUCAAAAAGAUGGCCGACGGCGAGCGGCGGCCAGGGUGGUGGGUGGGGAGGGAGGGAGGGAGUGGGGGGGGCAGUGAAUGUUGCUCGGGGUCAGUGAGUGAGUCACCACGACGAUAAUAAUGAUGAUGAUUCUCUUUUUUUUUUUUUUUUAUUAUUUUGUGUGUGUUUUUGGCGAAGACGCCUGAAUCCGACCGGCAGGCAGAAGGACACGCCCUCCUCUCCGCCUCGCCUCACCGCCGUUUCUUGGUUUGUUUUCGGCCGGCAGCAAACUCCAAAACUCCCAAACGCUCGCUCGGGAUCUGGCAGCACCAAACACUUCCUCCUGGGAACCCAAACGAUCGUUGUGCGUUUAGCGAGCUAGUGCCUAAACGCCGGAGGGGGAGGGGCUUCUGACCACAGUGGGAGGGGCUUUGAGUCUCAGAUGCGCCUUAAAAAGUCCCUCAAAGACGCAAGUUCCCUUAAAGCCAGACGUUGACGUUUCCAGCUGGGGAAGCUGCGUUUUCCUAGGACGGGGGAGGGAUGUCCCGCCUACUCCGCGUCUGAUUGGCUAGCACUCGUUGCCUUCGUUGGGUGGAUGGGUUAUAGAAUGCCAGGGUCAGCCAAUCAGAGGCAGAGUUGUACCUUCAUUUCUAAAGCGCUUUACGUUCUUUUAGAAACAACCCUUAAUAUAGACAAGCUGACAGCUCACCCAGAGAAAUCAGAUCA